AUGCGCUCUUUCUUGUUGACCUGCCUUGUGCUUGUGCAAGCCUCCUUUGCGCUGGCCGACAUGCCCAUCAAGACGAGAAGAGCGCCUCGCUGCGGCACCGAGGAGGAGCGGCAAUCCCGUCGAGAUGCCCCAGACGGCCGGCCGGCCUCGGGCGAACGCAGCGCGCAGCGCACGCUUGAUCUCCUGGUGCUGGUGGCAGAUGGUGCUGGCCGAGGCGAGGCAGCACAGCAGCACGGCGAUACGGCUCCGGAUGCAAGGCCGGCGCCCGGCGGCACGCUGGAUGCAGGCAGAGCCGCCGCGCCGCCGCGCCUCUCACACGCUCGCCCGCGCCGCCCGCUCGUCGCGCGCUGCCCGCUCUGCGCCGCCUCGCGCUUGCGCGCGGCUGCGCGUGCCGAUCAGAGUCACACGCCCGCGUUCUCACAUCAGCCGCUUCUCCGUCCUCUCCUCAUCCAUCCCAGCCGCUCGUCUGCGCGGCGCACACACCUCACACUCAGCAGCAGCGACGCCCGCUGGCUCGCCUGCUUCUCUCACGGCCGCGCGCUGCCCUCUGAGCCGCCGCGCCGUCUGCCGCAGCCCGUGUCUGCACCUGCACCCUUCCGCCCGGCCUCGGCCGCCGGAUCCAUGGCCAGCAUGCCGUUCGACGACCCGUCUAGCUUCCUCUUCGGCCUCAACCAGUUCGCCUCGCCGCCGGCCAACUCGCCUGCCGGUGCGAAUGCCAGCGGCUCGUCCAGCGCCCACGGCGCGCGCGGCCGCACCGACAGCCUGCUCGGCGGGCUCGACGGCUUCGGCUCAGACAUCGGCGGGCCUGCGCCCACUGCCGGCAGCCGUGCGGGCGCCGGAGGAGACGAAGAUGCCGGGCUGCUAGCGCAGGGCAGCUUCGCCGAGCAGCUGGCGCUGUGGACGAACGCCAACUUCAGCUUCGACGGCCCGACGGGCCAUGCUCUCCUUGCGGAGGAUGACAAGGAGAAGGACAAGGACAACAGGCGCGAGACGGACCAGGAGAAAGCUGACCGCGAGGCCGACGAGGCCGACCGCCGUCGUGCGCAGGCUCACGCUUCGGGCCGCGCCGCGGAUGCGCUCGCCGCACGCGACCGUGAGAUGCGCGACGACCCGACGCACCGCGAGCACCAGGAGCAGAGCCUGCUCGCGCAGCAGCAGCACUACUUUGCGCCGCCCUCUUCGCGUGCCGACGAGGCUCGCCGUCCGGGCUUCGAGAUGCAUGGCCGCGACAGCGAGCCGCGCACCACUGGACAGCAGGCGCCGCAGCACGCGCAGAACCACGGCGGCCAGCAGCCGUCGCCGUACGCGCACCUCACGCCGGCGCAGCAGCAGAACAUCCAGCACAUGCAGGCCACGCAGGCGCAGAUGGCGGCCCACUUCCAGGCGCAGCUGGCGCAGGGCGCCGGAGCGGCUGCAGCGCCGCAGUUCUGGAACGGCAUGAGCAACGCGCCCAACCCGUUCCAGGCGCUCAUGUUCAACCAGCCGCAGCACCAGCAGCAGCAGCAGGUGCAGCAGCCCCAGCACCAGCCUCAGCAGCAGCCGGCGCCGGCGCAGCAGCAGCAGCACCAGAUGCAACAGCAGCAGCAGCAUCACGGACACCACGUGCAGUCGCCGCCGCCGCCGCCGUCUGGUGGCCCAGACCUCGCAAGCGCCCUGGCUCUGCAGCAGCUCCUCGCCUCGAACCCGCUGGCGCUGGCAAGCCUGGGCAACAUGGCUGCCUUCAACCCGCAGCUUGCGGCGCUGCUCGGCCAGCUCAACGGCGCGCAGAACGCCGCAGCCUUCGGCCAGCCUCAGGCGCCUGCUGCUCCUGCGGUGAACCACAUGCAGCACCAGGCCGCACCGGCGCCGUCGCUCGCGACGUUCGGCUCGGGCCUGCACAGCUGGACCAUGCCUGCCGGCUUCGGACAGCCUGCACCGGUCAACGGCGCGCUGUCGCCCACGGUCGGACCGACGUUCACGCCCGUGGCUGCGCCUGCCGCCGCUGCCGCUGCUGCGCCGAGCGCCGAGAACUCGCACGACACGUCGCUCGAGAGCACGGCGGGUGCCGGCGCUAACAGCAGCAGCAAGAAGAAGAAGGUGGCCUCGCGUGGUCACUCGCGUGCCGCAUCGCACUCCGACGAGAUUGUCGACGAUGCCGAGCCAAACGGCGACGCGUCGAUGCGUGCGUCGCCCGAGGCGUCGGACCGCCACGAGAGCGCCGAGGAGCGUGCGCGCAACGCGGCCGACCGUGCGCUUGCGCGCGACGAGAUUCCGCCUCUGCGUCUCAUCGACACGGGCAACCCCGAAGCGGAUGCUGAGGCGAACCGUGCUGCGAUUGAGGAGGACAAGCGCCGCAGAAACACGGCCGCCAGUGCUCGCUUCCGUAUCAAGAAGAAGCAGCGCGAGGCCGCGCUCGAGGCCACGUCGCGCGAUCUGCGUGCCCGUGUCGCCGAGCUCGAGACGGAGAACGAGCGCCUGCGCACGGAGAACGGCUGGCUGAAGGGCCUCAUCCACGUCAAGCCUGACCAGAAGCCGCCGGGCAUGCCCGCUGGCAUCAGCAACGGCGCCGCUGCCGGUCCCAGCCGCAACGUCGCCGGCACCACGCGCAUCGUUCCGGGUCCCGGCAACAUCCCGCGCCCUACGAUGAACGGCCAGACGGCCGCAAACGGCGUGCGCGCCCCGAACGCUGCACAGCCCGCCCGUGCGCCUCUCGCCAACGGCCAGCCUGUCGCGCCUGGCGUCUCGGCCGCACCUUUGCGCAAUCCGACGACGAACGGCACCGCGACGGCCACUCCCUCCACAGCACAGCAGCCCACCGUGCCGCGCUCGCGGGAUAGCGGCCUCGCUCCGCGCGGCGUGGGCACGGAGACUGCGGCGCCUGUCGCUGCUGCUGCUGCUGCUCCCGCCUCCGCUCCCGCCGUGGCCUCGAAGCCUGCUGCGGCCGCCGUCAACGGCGCUGCCGCCGCUGCUGCUGGCCUCAAGCGUGACCGCGAGGAGUAAGCCUUGUCCAAGCCGACCUGCACCCGACUGUACCGCCGCGCCCUUACCAUACACAGCCGUGCCGCUCCGACUCGCUUCGGAUGACGUGUGCGCCGCUCCCGCUGCUAUGUACAGAUACCUCGAAAACGAAACAAAGAGAGCCCGUGACCUUGCAUGC